UAAUAAUAAUAAUGACCACAAAGCAGUACCGCGCUAAGGUAGACCGCUACAUGUCAAAAGGAUAGUAUAAAACAUAUUUUAGUACUCAAAAUCCUAACACCAAGACGUCGAUUUACAUUGUUUAUCUGUGUAUCGCUAUAAGAAUGAGUUUGUGUCAUGUGUAGUGUAUUCCUGCUGCGAGUAACAACAGACAGACGCUUGCCUUUGUGAUCGAGUGACAAGCAAGUCUCGCAGCCUGUAAGGAGACCUUUGUCAUCAAUACUCAACCAACCGCUGGAUGUGUAAACACUGAAACAGACUGGAUCGUUUUUAAAGUACAGAGAGCUGCACAGAAUGAAAUUGAUUUUGAAAUGCGACGGGACGACAGUAUUCCUGUCUGCUGCUGUCCUGUCUGCUGUGGGGGCAGGACGGCUGGGUGCAGCAUGUGGACAAUGGGAUCAGGUACGAAUUUGAUGUGACAAAAGGCAUGUUCUCAUCGGGAAACAUCACCGAGAAGCUGAGGAUCGCCUCGUUUAACUGCAGCGGGGAGACAGUGGUCGAUUUGUAUGCAGGUAUUGGGUACUUAACCCUGCAUUAUCUGGUGCAUGCUGGUGCUUCCUUUGUCCAUGCUUGUGAGCAGAAUCCCCACGCGGUCAAUGCAUUGCGGAGAAACCUGGAACUCAAUGGAGCUGCCCAGCGCUGCCAGGUCCACCAAGGAGACAACCGGCAGCUCUCCCUGUGUGAUGUUGCUGACAGGGUGAAUUUGGGGUUGAUCCCUAGUUCAGAGGAGGGCUGGCCCACAGCGUGCCGUCUAUUAAAGCGCGAGACAGGCGGUGUCCUCCACAUCCAUCAGUACGUCUCCUCUCACCCGCAGAAACCCAACCCAGCGCUCCUCUUACAGAACCUUUGCCUCCAGGAGGUAUCUGACCCCAGCAGCCCUGCAUGGAAGGCCACACGUGAGUCGGACACUGCAGACAGCAGGGAGUCUGCUCCAGGGCUUGACCGCAGAGCUGUGAAAGCAGAUUGGCAGGCAUGGUCGAAGGCUGCAGCGUGCCGUAUAGCUGCACUCCUCCUGGAGAUCCAGGGACAGCCUUGGAGGACACACAUCCUACACAUAGAGCAUGUCAAGGCCUACGCACCCCACGUUGAUCACAUUGUAUUGGAUUUGGACUGCAGACCCAUCUGUGUUGUGAUGGGCACAUGUUUGUAUGUCUUGGAAACAAAGGUUGAUAUCAGCAAUUGAAAAUGUACCAGAACAAAACCCUCCCCUUACAAAAUACCUUUUUACAGUACAAUUGAAUCAACGUGAUUGCUUGCUAUCAGGGGCUGUCAUUAUCAUGUAUCAUUGAACAGUCUAACAUUUAACUUCACAAAGUAGAUGUUGUACAAGGCUAAGGCCGCCUAUCUCAAAUAACAAGACAAGCAUAUAUAUAUAUAUAUA